ACACGACUUUAAUAAAACCGCAUAAACAUGACUUUUGCUUAAAUGCGCCCCUUCUGUUUCCAUGCAUUCUCCUCCCCUGUCAUUAGUUAAGUUCCCAUCUCUCUCUCUCCUCUCUUCCUCUCUCUCUCUCUCUCUCUCUCUCGCGCACUAUAUAUAUAUAUAUAUAUAUAUAUAUAAUCAGCGCGAAACAGAGACAAAUGUUUUGCUUCUUGUAAACGUCAUUCGGUCGCUGCUUUACGCUUUUUGUCUCCUCCUCAAAUUUCCCGACUAUAAACGAGGCGCCGACUUUUCACACUAUCUCAGUCUCAGUAACCCCAAAUCUCACUUGCAGCAACUACUGUUAAUCAAAAUCGGUGACCAUGGAGAGGAAGCAGGGUUUCUUCUCCGCUCUAAAGGAGGAGGUGGUUCGCGGCCUGUCGCCGAGGAGAGGCCGGAGCCAGUCGCCGUCGGGCUCGGGCCUGCGGAUGCGGAGGAGAGGUCUCAGCUCGGGCCCGGCCGGAAUUCUGAUUCCGAGAUCGGCAAGUUUGAGAGUCGGAGGAGGCGUGGAGACGCUCUCGCCUUUAAGAGAGGGCCCGGAUCCCGACGGGUCGGAUUCUGGCGACCCGCGGGCCGACCGGUGGGCCCAUUGGCUCUGCCGGGCUCCUUCCGUAUCGGCAUCCGGGCCGGGCUGCUCUAGGUCGGAUCUGAGGCUGCUGCUCGGCGUUUUGGGGGCGCCGCUCGCGCCGGUGCACGUUAGCAACAGCGAGCCGUUGGCACAUAUAUGUAUUAAAGACAUCCCUAUUGAAACUUCUUCAGCUCAGUACAUACUGCAGCAGUACCUGGCGGCCUCCGGCGGGCAGAAGCUUCAGAGCUCCAUCCAGAAUGCCUACGCCAUGGGGAAGGUGAAAAUGUUGGCAUCCGAUAUCGAGACAGCCACCAAGGUUAUAAAGAGCCGCAAUCCGGCCAAGGCAGCCGAAUCUGGGGGUUUUGUCCUCUGGCAAAUGAAUCCCGACAUGUGGUAUGUCGAGCUCGCAAUGGGAGGCAACAAGGUUCACGCCGGCUGCAACGGGAACCUCGUCUGGCGCCACACCCCCUGGCUCGGGGCGCAUGCUGCCAAAGGCCCAGUUCGCCCUCUUCGUCGCGCUCUUCAGGGUCUGGAUCCGAGAACAACGGCAAACAUGUUUGCAGAGGCGAGAUGCACUGGAGAGAAGAAAAUCAACGGCGAGGAUUGUUUCGUCCUCAAGCUAUCUGCUGACGCGCAAACGCUUAAAGCAAGGAGCGAAGGGCCUGCUGAGAUCAUACGCCACGUGCUGUUUGGAUACUUUAGCCAGAAGACGGGGCUCCUCGUCCAUUUAGAAGAUUCUCAUUUGACAAGGAUCCAAACCAAUGGAGGCGAAGCCGUGUACUGGGAGACAACCAUCAACUCCUUUCUCGAUGGCUACAGGCCGGUUGAAGGGAUUAUGAUCGCCCACUCAGGGCGAUCUGUGGUGACCCUUUUUAAGUUUGGAGAAACAGCUAUGAGCCACACCAAGACGAGGAUGGAAGAAGUGUGGACCAUCGAGGAAGUGGCAUUCAACAUUCCGGGGUUAUCCAUGGACUGUUUCAUUCCUCCAGCCGAGCUUAGAUUUGGCUCUGUUAGUGAAGCCUCUGAGCUUCCUCAAGAAGACAGGGUCAAGAAUGCCGUGGCAGCUGCCGCAGCCGCGGCUUAUAGAGCCAAGGUUGCUUCUUUAGGCUAGUGACUGACAAAUUAAGAUCCCCUGUUAGGCAAAAUCAUACCCCUGGGUCAUAUCAAUCUGUAUAUACAGUCCUGCAGAGGCUUCAACUCUCUCUGGAAUUAAUAUAUGGUUUUACAUUCUUGACUCUGUAAAAUUGUAAUAGUAAUCAUAGCAUUGUAAGAUCAGGGCAUCUUUAAAUUGAAUGCAGUAUCUUUUGUUAA